AAUUUUAAAAGCUCGUAUUUUACUUGGCUUCAAAAGGAAGAAGAAGCGUUUAAGCAACCGCGCUAUCUUUGUCUCUCUCCCUCACUAGAUUUUGGCCGAAUCUCCUAAUAGUUGGAGAAGACAGAGCAUAUAUGGCGUCGCAACUCUAAUGACACUUCUCUGCUCACUUUGAAGAAUACAUUUUCUGGUUAUGGAAAUACUCUCAUACAGUUCUGCACCAUGCUGUGAUGCUGUAAGUUUAAGGGCAAGAUUAGUCGAGAAAUGCUCAAAUUUACAUCGCUCCGGGUUCCCAGAUUUUAGGAGAAAAAGAGUUUAUGGUGUUCGAUUUGAUUCCAGAAGUAGGUUGUUGAAGUGUCAUGGUUUAGAUCAGUCUUUCUUGAAGCAGCUAAAUCGUCAGGGAGGUAUUGGGUUACCCAACACCAGUGAAAGCUUCAAGCAUGUUGGUCCGAUUUUAUCUAGUGGAAGCUCGGAUGGCUAUGUAAUUGGCACGGCUGAGGAUGCAAAUGUUUCAGAAACGGGGGAAUCUGUUACUAAGGUUUUGAUUCCUGGUCUACCUGACGAACCCAAAGGCGAAUUUGGUGCCCCAAUAAGUAGUUGCUUUUGGGAAUGGAAGCCCAAAUUCAAUGUGCAUUAUGAGAAAGCCGGAUGCGAUAACUUGGGAUCCCCUCCAGUAUUGUUUCUUCCUGGUUUUGGGGUUGGCUCUUUUCACUAUGAGAAGCAACUGAAAGAUUUGGGGCGUGAUUUUAGAGUAUGGGCAAUUGAUUUUCUUGGGCAGGGUAGGUCAUUGCCAUUUGAAGACCCUGCUCCUCGUAUUAACGAAGAAGGUAUGUCCGACAGGCAAGAUACAGCGUGGGGUUUUGGAGAAAAAACCGAACCAUGGGCAAGCGAGCUUGUCUACUCUAUUGAUUUAUGGCAGGAUCAAGUUCGUUACUUCAUAGAAGAGGUAAUUGGUGAACCUGUCUAUAUUGCGGGGAACUCGCUAGGAGGAUUUGUUGCUUUGUAUUUUGCCGCAUGUAACCCUCAUUUGGUGAAAGGCGUUACAUUGCUGAAUGCAACUCCUUUCUGGGGAUUUCUACCUAACCCUAUAAGAUCUCCAAGACUAGCAAAAAUAUUCCCAUCAGCAGGAUCAUUUCCGUUACCUGCCAGUGUGAGAAAGCUCACAGAAAUACUUUGGCAAAAAAUUAGCGAUCCUCAGAGUAUAGCGGAGGUACUCAAACAAGUUUAUGCAGAUCAUUCAACAAACGUUGACAAAGUAUUUUCCCGUAUACUUGAGACAUCAGAGCAUCCAGCCGCUGCUGCAUCAUUGGCCUCAAUUAUGCUUGCUCCUCAAGGAAAAUUAUCCUUUAAGGAGGCUUUGUCCAGAUGUCAAAUGAACAACACACCGAUUUGUCUUAUGUAUGGAAAAGAAGAUCCAUGGGUGAAACCUAUUUGGGGCCUUCAGGUGAAGCAACAAGUGCCUGAAGCUCCAUAUUACGAGAUCAGUCCAGCUGGCCACUGCCCUCACGAUGAAGUUCCUGAGGUUGUGAAUUACUUAUUACGCGGGUGGAUCAAAAACCUAGAGACUCGGGGUUUAGUUGCAUUGCCUUUGAUUGAUGUCCCAGAAGGUACGCAGAACAACAUUGCCAGGGACCUGGAAUUUGUGAGAGAUGGAUCAAAAAAGUCAGUAAAUGUUCGGUUCUUUGCAUCCAAGUUCUCACUUUGGGACAUGAUCAGUUCUUAUAUCAGACCCCUCUUUCGGAAGUUAUAGCUCAAAUCAUAAAGUAGCAUCAGAUUCAAAGAAAAAUCAUGAACAUGAAACGAAUAGAAUGUAGACGCCGAAAUGUAUCAUAUAUAUACGACGUAUAUAAAGUUGUUAUAUGUUUUACUUCUGUCAUUGUAGUCACUU